GUUUACUAAUGCCAUUUUUUGUUUUCGUCUCGAAUCCUUGUGCGACUUCCUCCGUCACACCAUAAUCUCGCUUCUCCUCUCCCUCGUCUUUUUCUAUCUUCCUUGUUCCAUUCUUCGAGCUCACGAUUUGGCGGGAAGCAGCUUGUUUAAGGCGGGAGAGAUGUCUGGCAAAGGAGCGAAAGGCUUGAUCAUGGGCAAGUCCUCGGCCCUCAAAGACAAAGAUAAGAAGAAACCGGUGUCCCGCUCUUCCCGAGCUGGUCUUCAGUUCCCUGUUGGUCGUGUUCACCGUUUGCUUAAGUCGCGGAUUGCUGCAAGUGGAAGAGUAGGAGCUACUGCUGCAGUAUACUGUGCUGCGAUUUUGGAAUACCUUACUGCCGAAGUGCUGGAGCUUGCUGGCAAUGCUAGCAAGGAUCUGAAGGUGAAGCGCAUCACGCCGAGGCAUUUGCAACUUGCUAUUCGUGGAGAUGAAGAGCUUGAUACACUUAUCAAAGGUACCAUAGCCGGUGGAGGUGUGAUUCCUCAUAUCCACAAGUCCCUCAUUAACAAAUCGUCCAAGGAAUAAUAAUCUUCUACGCACGGCCCUCCAUGAAUCUUCUAUGCCAUUCUCCCAGGUUUAAUGAUAAGUUUUCUUAGUUCUUUCUUCUUUUUAUUUUCUAUUUGUAGCAUUAGAAUUUAUGGCCUGUUGUUUGAAUAUUUAUCUCCAACAUACCAAAUUUAAAUUAUUUUCUUGAGAUCAUCAUGGUGGGAAUUCUAUAAUUUGUAGUGGAUUGAAAUGUUUGCUUUCUGUUAAAAGGAUUUUGACAUGGAACAGCCUCAUUUGCAAA